AUGGUAGAGAUCGACCACAACGAACCAUCUCAACAUCUCGACCAAGAAUUUAAGGAAUUGAAGAAGAAACUCUUGGCAACAAACGUAAUCCAGACGCCUCAGCCCGCUCCCCCGAAGCAACAGCAAAAUCAAGGCCAGCAACAAAAUAAAAAAUGGCCGUUUAAGUUUGUUCGCGGUGAAGAAAAGGAAGAAGACAUCAGGUCGUUCUGCGACCCACCAAUGCCGACAGUUGCAGGCAAAACUAAUGGCAAAGUACAGCAGUGGAGAGGUCCACAUCGACCUGCCCCCAAAACGGCAGGCCGAAAACGAACAGAAGUCCGACGGACAAAUCGUCCUCCCAUCUCCCCCAAAGCGACCUGCAGACGACGGCGGUCCCGGGCCACACCGGCCUGUUUCCAAAAAGAAGAUCUUCAUGAUCAUGGGAGGCUUUAA